UUCUGAUAACACAGGCUGCAUAUAAAGGCUGAUAAAUUUUGUAUUGCAUGAUAGCUUUUUGAAAAAUGAAAACUUUAUUUGCUAUAGCUUUUAUAGCCGUAUGGCUUGCUGACCCUGUGCACCACUUCAAACCAAACAGGUAGAAUAUAAAAUAAAAAAUACUUGGGACAGCAUACCUGUUAUGCAUGCACCGGUGACAAUCAAAUUUAAACCAGGUGAUCAGGGCUUGGUAAUGGAAGUGAAUUCCUUAUUCUUUGAUGAUCCUCCAGCUCCAACUGGUGAACCUGGAAAGCCUUUUGAUACCCUUUGGGAUUAUGAAGUGGUUGAAUCUUUCUUUUUGAAUAGUGCAACAAGAAACUACUUGGAAAUAGAACUCUGUCCGCAUGGCCAACAUCUUGUAUUGCGUCUCUCUGGAGGAGAAUGUCUUGAAAAAGAGCUUCCGUUGUCAUAUAAAGCAGAUAUAAAAUGGGGCUCCUGGAAUGGCACAGCAAUUAUUCCUUGGAACUAUUUCCCUCCUGGUGUAGACAAGAUGAAUUCAUAUGCAAUCCAUGGAUCUGGGAUUGGAAGAAUAUAUGAAGCACUUUAUCCAAUACCACGGGAAGAGAUUGAAGAAGGCCAGGGUCCUAAUUUCCAUCGUCUAGAAUAUUUCAGAGAUUUCAGUCUAAAUGACAUAAUGGGGGACAACUGGAAUCAACCUCCAUCAGAUCUGUGGCCAUAACCUAAGAAGUUCCUGAAAUCAAGUCAGUCAUG